AUGGGUCGCACUAGGAAAAAAGCUGUACCCAUACGCAGGGGUGCACAACAUACUUUACCUUCCAUUGAACUUGCUGAAAAACAAACAAACACUCCAAGUAUUUCAAGUUCUUCAAGCGUUCUUAGCACUUCAAGCAUCUUCAGUUCUACUCAGAUGAGAUCGAAUACGUUGACCGCCAAACAUGUGGUUAUAGAAAGCCGCUUAGAUGGGUCUGAUGAUAACGAUGGCGAUUUACAUGAUCCAGACAUUUCAAGUAAUAAUAAGAAUCCUAUAAGUCCUAUUGAUGAUGAUAUUUUAGAAAAUAAUUGGCAUCAACCAUUACAAGAUGCAAUUGGUGAAGCGAUUUAUGCUGCAAUCGAAAAAACAAAGUAUCCAACUGAUGAACACUUGAUGAAGAUAUGUUAUGAUACAUUAUUGGAUAUAAAAGAGGUUGAUUUCCAGAAUACUAUUCACAGUGAAUUUUUAGAUCUUGUAAAACCAAAAACAGGAAAUCGACAGGUCACGCAUGAAGAAGAACGAAAGUUCAAAGAAGCUAAUAUUACAAAAGAGUCUUAUUUGAAACUUAACCAACCUGUUGACGCUAAUGAUGAUCCGCAUUACACUUAUCUUAAUUUGAUAAUUGAUCAUACCUUUGCAGAUCCGAAUACUGAAAAAAAUUUUAUUGCAUUUGGAAUGGCUGUUGCUUUAAACUAUCUUGAUUCUUCAAAAGGAAUUAGCAUGGUUCCAAGUGAAGUCACAGAACGCAUGAAUCACAUUCUUGAAAAAAUGCAAGUCCCAGAUCACAAAGAAUUAUAA